AUGGCGGACUCAAAAGCGACGCCCAGCAUGAACCGAACACCCUCUUCCAAGCCACGGGUUAUUCCACCCUCCGAAUGGAAAAGGAGAUUCCCCUCAAGGAAGGCUCCGAUUCCCUCCUCCUCAUCAUCCUCCUCAUCCUCCUCCUCUUCGAAAAGCCCCAGCUCUAUUGACGUGCACAAUGUCUCUCCUCUUUCCUCCUCACAAGAACGACCUACUGCAUGGUCGUCCUUUCUCAGUCGAUUUCGCGCCCGUUAUGCUUCUCUGCCAACGCCAGUCCGACGAACGGCUCGCUUGCUUCGUACCCUUGCACCCAUAGUGCCGAUUGGAAUAUUCUUCUCCGAACACGUUCUGCAGCUCAUGUGGGUUCGCGGACCCUCUAUGACCCCCUAUCUGAAUGAGGAUUAUGCCGAAAUGCAGACAGAAAGCGAUAUAGUGCUGGUAAAUGUAUGGCCUUGGGGAUCUACAUGGCCGUGGAAUAGGACGAGAAGACUGGAGCGGGGGAUGGUGGUUACAUUUCAAUCACCUGCAAAUCCUUCAAAUAUAGCGAUCAAGCGCGUCAUUGCCUUACCAGGAGAUCGAGUCACAACAAGAGAGCCUUGCCCCCGACCAUCACAGAUUGUGCCAUUCAACCAUGUGUGGUUAGAAGGCGACGCAGACGAUCCGCGAAAAUCUCUCGAUAGUAAUACGUAUGGCCCAGUGAGUAUUAGUCUGAUUACGGGCAGUGUGAUGGCCGUGCUGUAUCCGCGAAUGAGACGUCUCAAAUGGUGGGAAUGGGAGAAUUCCGCUCAAACGGGCUCAGAUGCGCAAAAGGAGCUAGGAGAGGAAUAUAGAAGUUCAGUCAGGGAUAGGGUGGCCAAAGAGGCGGUUAAAAUUGACGCUCCACGCUUUGAUUGA